CUGUAUUUCCUAGUUCCGACUUUUAAUUGGCAUUGGACCUCGUUGCAUCAAAAAUAAUGCAAGAAGGCAGUUCAGAGAAUAUGGUUAUUUCGUAAAUCGGCGAGAAAAGAAAACUCAGAGCUAUAAAGUUCUGAAUAUAACACUGCAAUAACGUUUCAAUCAACAAAAGGAUUAAGCAUGGUAAUCCAGAAACUGCUUGUCAUUCUAUGGUCAUCCAUAUUGGCAACAGCAACAAAAGAUAAUAUAAUCUGUCCAGAUGGUAAAUCCAUGUGUGGUGAUUCUGAAACCUGUUGCCAAAUGAAAUCAGGGGAUUAUGGCUGUUGCCCACUUCCAAAUGCAGUGUGCUGUACAGAUAAUGUUCAUUGUUGUCCCUCUGGGUAUACUUGCAAUUUAGAAACAGUGUCUUGUGACAGGCAAGGUCAUAAAAUGCCACUUUUUGACCAAAUAUCUGCCAAGCCAGUAUCACAUCAAAUCAAUAAAGGCAAUCUUGUUCAAGUUUUGGGUUUGAGUAGAGUUAUGUGUCCUGAUCACUCUUCAUAUUGCCAAGAUGGCAACACCUGCUGUAAGACAGAGACUGGCACAUACGCAUGUUGUCCAUUGCCUUCUGCAGUUUGUUGCCCUGAUCACAUUCAUUGCUGUCCAAAUGGAUAUUCAUGUUCAGAAGGAUUUUGUCAAAAGGGAAAUAAUUUUGUUCUAAUGAAGAGAAAGAUUAAUGCCAUUAAGGCUUUUAAAGAAAAGACUGAGUCUUGUGAUCAUGGCCAUGGACAUUGUCAGCCGGAUGAAACUUGCUGUCCAAUGAAAGAAGGAGAGUUUGGUUGUUGCCCAAUGACGGAUGCUGUCUGCUGUUCUGACAAGGAACAUUGUUGUCCCCAUGGUUUUAAAUGUAAUGAUUUUGAAUCGAGGUGCACUGCAAAUGGAAUUUCCAUUCCAUAUCUACCAAAGAUUAAACCAAAGAAAACAUCCACCAUCAUCAAACUUCACAGCUUGACAGAACUCAGUUUAAAUGAAGGAAAUACAGUUUUCUGUCCUGAUCAUAUCACACAGUGCCCUGAAAAUUUCAGUUGUUGCAAAGACAUUUUUGGAUUGUGGGAGUGCUGUCCUUUUCCAAAUGCUACAUGUUGCAAUGACCACAGGCACUGCUGCCCAUAUGGCACAGUAUGUCAUAUAUUAAAUAUGACUUGCAUUAAGAAAGAUUCUGGUUUAUCUAUACCCUGGGUAUCUAAACAAAGGGCUAAAAGAACAGUUCCAUACACAACCACAUGCCCAGAUAUGACCACAUGCCCUACUGGUUACACUUGCUGCCUACUCUCAACAGGAAUGUAUGGUUGUUGCCCAUAUCAAAAUGCAGUUUGCUGUUCAGACAAAAGUCAUUGCUGCCCCCAAGGUACAACAUGUGACAUUGCUCAUGGUGUGUGCUUGCAAGAAACCAUGGCUAGUCUUCAACUGACAUUAAAUAAAUUUCUAAUUGAUACGAAACCUGACAGUCAUAAAAUUUGUCCAGAUCACAAGUCAUUUUGUCAUGCUGGAAGCACUUGCUGUCAACUUUCUGGUGGGACUUAUGGUUGCUGCCCAUACAAAGAUGCUGUUUGUUGUGAGGAUAAAGAACAUUGCUGCCCACAUGGAAUGACUUGUGAUACACAAAGAGGAAGGUGUCUUAAAAAAUACGUGGUCGCCCUAAUGAAGAGGAAAUUACCUAGUUUCAGCAAAAGUUUGCCAUCCAAAGUUUCUUGUAAAGAUGGCUCCUCAUGUCCAUCUGGAUAUACUUGCUGCAAACUGUCCGCUGGUGGUUAUGGUUGCUGUCCAUAUAAAGAAGCAGUUUGUUGCAGCGAUGGGAAACAUUGCUGUCCACACGGAACAACUUGCAAUCUUGCUGGAGGCACAUGUGAUGGUGGAAUGAAGUCAAUGGCAAUUUCCGAGAUUGCAAAAAGCGUGAAAGAUGUAAGUUGUCCUGAUGGAAGCUCAUGUCCAUCUGGAUAUACUUGCUGCAAACUGUCCACUGGUGGUUAUGGUUGCUGUCCAUAUGAAGAAGCAGUUUGUUGUAGCGAUGGGAAACAUUGCUGUCCACACGGAACAACUUGCAAUGUUGCUGGAGGCACAUGUGAUGGUGGAAUGAAGUCAAUGGCAAUUUCAGAAAUUACAAAGAGCGUGAAAGAUGUAAGUUGUCCUGAUGGAAGCUCAUGUCCAUCUGGAUAUACUUGCUGCAAACUGUCCGCUGGUGGUUAUGGUUGCUGUCCAUAUGAAGAAGCAGUUUGUUGUAGCGAUGGGAAACAUUGCUGUCCACACGGAACAACUUGCAAUGUUGCUGGAGGCACAUGUGAUGGUGGAAUGAAGUCAAUGGCAAUUUCAGAAAUUAGAAAGAGCGUGAAAGAUGUAAGUUGUCCUGAUGGAAGCUCAUGUCCAUCUGGAUAUACUUGCUGCAAACUGUCCGCUGGUGGUUAUGGUUGCUGUCCAUAUGAAGAAGCAGUUUGUUGUAGCGAUGGGAAACAUUGCUGUCCACACGGAACAACUUGCAAUGUUGCUGGAGGCACAUGUGAUGGUGGAAUGAAGUCAAUGGCAAUUUCAGAAAUUACAAAGAGCGUGAAAGAUGUAAGUUGUCCUGAUGGAAGCUCAUGUCCAUCUGGAUAUACUUGCUGCAAACUGUCCGCUGGUGGUUAUGGUUGCUGUCCAUAUAAAGAAGCAGUUUGUUGUAGCGAUGGGAAACAUUGCUGUCCACACGGAACAACUUGCAAUGUUGCUGGAGGCACAUGUGAUGGUGGAAUGAAGUCAAUGGCAAUUUCCGAGAUUGCAAAGAGCGUUAAAGAUGUAAGUUGUCCUGAUGGAAGCUCAUGUCCAUCUGGAUAUACUUGCUGCAAACUGUCCGCUGGUGGUUAUGGUUGCUGUCCAUAUGAAGAAGCAGUUUGUUGUAGCGAUGGGAAACAUUGCUGUCCACACGGAACAACUUGCAAUGUUGCUGGAGGCACAUGUGAUGGUGGAAUGAAGUCAAUGGCAAUUUCAGAAAUUACAAAGAGCGUGAAAGAUGUAAGUUGUCCUGAUGGAAGCUCAUGUCCAUCUGGAUAUACUUGCUGCAAACUGUCCGCUGGUGGUUAUGGUUGCUGUCCAUAUGAAGAAGCAGUUUGUUGUAGCGAUGGGAAACAUUGCUGUCCACACGGAACAACUUGCAAUGUUGCUGGAGGCACAUGUGAUGGGGGAAUGAAGUCUAUGGCAGUUUCAACAGUUUUCAAAAGUGUUAAAAUUUCCUUUCCCCUCUCUUCAGGUUAUGGGGAUGUUGUUUGCCCUGACGGUCUUAGCUCUUGCCCUGAUGGAUAUACAUGCUGUAAAUUGAGUUCAGGUGAAUAUGGAUGUUGCCCUUUCUUAUCAGCCGUCUGUUGUAGUGAUGGUCAACAUUGCUGUCCGAAGGGUACGAGAUGUGAUCUUUCAACACAGACUUGUAUUGGUAAAAGUCUAUUCGUAAGGAUGAAGAAAAAGGUGACUGCUGUUAAGACAGAGAACAUUGUCCUUAUGAGAUGCCCUGAUGAAUUAAGCUCCUGUCCUCGAGGCUUUUCUUGCUGUAAACUUUCAAGUGGUGACUAUGGGUGUUGUCCAUAUCGGAAUGCAGUGUGUUGCCAAGACAAAGAACAUUGCUGUCCUCUUGGAAUGUCAUGUGAUUUGAAAUCUGGACACUGUAUUGCUCGCAAUGAUAUUGUUUCUUUGCAAAAAAAUGUUGCUGCUGCAAGUGUUCGUAGUGUUGUAUGUCCGGACGGGAAACAUCAAUGUCCGGACGUAUAUACCUGCUGUGUUGUAGGGGACGAUAAAUAUGGUUGUUGCCCGUACCAACAUGCGGUUUGUUGUUCUGACAAAAAGCAUUGCUGCCCAAGUGGAUUCACAUGUGGUGCGCAAGGUUACUGCACCAGGGGACCAGUCACAAUAAAGGCUCAUGCUCAUUCACCUUUGUCUCGGCAUGAAAGUCUUGAAUCGGUCAAUGACGAUGACAUCAUGUGCCCAGAUAACGAAACAAUCUGUUUGGAAGGGACCAGCUGCUGCCUAACGCAGGAUAAGAAAACCUUCAGUUGCUGUCCAAUUGAAAAGGCAGUUUGCUGCGAUGACCAUAUUCAUUGUUGCCCAAGCGGCUGGCAUUGUGACAUCGAGCAAGGAACUUGCCGAAAAGGGAGUAAGGGCUUUACGAAUAGCCCAUUGCUGAAGAAAAUCCCUGGAAGGAAGAUAAAACGUCAAUCGACGAAAGAUACAAACACACAUUACAUCAAAUUCCCUUAGAUACAGCUUAUAUUGUAGCGCUUCCUCAAGUAGGUAUGCGCGAAAAAAGACUUUUAUGACAACCUAGAAUUAAUAGUUAAGUAAUUUUGAUUUGAUAUAAAUUUGUAGCAGUCCGUUAAGCAAACAAUGUUUAAUGUUACAGUAUUAGGAUGGUAUAAUCUGUGCCUUACCAGAAGCUAAAUGAUCAGCGAAUUAACCAUUGUACUCUUCGUUUUUCACCCUCUUAUUUUUGAAGGUUAAAACUGUCCACUUGGUAGUAAAUUAAUCAAUCAAUCUGUGAUCCUAUUUAGGCCCAAAACUGAGUUUUCAGUCUCUUAAACCUUAUAGUCUCUUACAUUACAGUGCAAGAUCCAAAUAGCGUAUUCCAAUGGAUAAGAAUGAGUAAGGUUAUCUCGUGUAUUCAAAAAGCAUCGAUUCUUUUUCCUUUUUUCAAUGUUACAUUGUUUUAAUUCAAAUAAAGCAAUAUUUUUCUUCGGACUUUUCACCCCGUUAUUAUUCCUUCGAUUAGGUGCCUAUUACUAAAUCUCAUGUUAAGCCUUAGGAAAUGGCCUUUGCAGUAACCAGCAGCCAGUAUUCUAAAGUAUCAGAAUUUUUCACCUAGAACAUAAGUUGGUUAAUAUUUUGUGAUAAUGUUGUGGACUGCCGUUGUACUAUUUUUUUUGGAACCUGUUAAGAAAAAGAAUUUAAUUCUGAUAGAUCUUGAUAUAUGCAUUUUUUAAAUUGUUUUUUAUGCUUGGAAUAUGUCGAAUUGUGUCUGAUCAUAAACGUAGCUGUUUACCUGCCGAAAUUAAAGGUUUAUAAAAAAUA